AUGCUUUCAUUCCAAGCUCGUAAACUACAAUCUUCAUUAUUAAAGAUCAAUAAUAUCAUCCGUGGAAGGAAAAUAACGUCUUCAUUCCCACCACCAAAAACAUUUUUACACGCGUCGCAAUACUCGUCGCGUACAUUAAUAUCAAAAAGAACCACCACAAUUACUGAUAAACAUCCCCUAUCACAAAUUACGUUACGUUAUUUCGUCACAGACAAUAAUGACAAUAACAAGACUAGUGGUAAACCCAUUGAUAUUAAACAAGAUGAUGAUGAUUUCGAUGACUCGAGAAACAAGCCUUUUUAUAGGUGGGUUCCAGCAAAACCACAUUUAUUAGUUGAUGAAUUCUUUGACAAACCACUUAUCCCAAAACCAAAACCUAUUGUUUCUAUAUACAAAUCAAAAAAAUCAAAAUCAUCUAAUAAUAAUGAUGAUAAUGCGAUUCAAAGAACCAUGGCGGAACGAGAAGGAAGUAAAAUGUUUGAAUUCUUGUUAAAGGAAAAGCCUUUACGCAGAAAUUUUCGAAAUCCAGAUGAACAACUUGAAAAAACGAAUAUGGAAUCAUUUACACCAUCGGAAUCACUAUUCACGUCGCCUUCGCCAUCAAGAUCAUCGGAGAAGACUCAAAGAGAAGAAGAAAUUGAUUACAUCGAUAAAUUGGGAGGAUAUGUUUCAACUAAUCCUCAACCUUUACCUGUCAUUCGUUUUCCCAUUUCCUCUUCAUCACCAAAAUCUCCCGCAACUGACUCACCAUCUCUUCUCAGUGAUAUCCAUCCAUUAUCUUUACCCACACAAGACACUAUAAUUUCCACCUCCACUCAAUCAUUAACACCCCUCUCCAUAACAAUCCCAAGAAAAUCUGAUCCAGUUAUCACACACGUAAUAAACAUGAUCAUGCGAGAUGGGAAAAAAGAACGUGCGAAAAAACUUUUAUUAAUGGCAUUUCGACAAAUUCGUUUACAAACAAAUAAUAAUCCAGUACAAAUCAUCAAGGAUGCUAUAGAAAUUGCUGCACCACGUGUUCGUGUAUUCAAUAAAAAAAAGGGUUCCAAAGUUACCCCGGUGCCUACGCCUUUGAAUGAACGUCAACGUCAUCAUCGUGCAAUUAAAUGGAUUUUAGAGGCAAGUGAUAAUCGACCGGAAAAAGAUUUCGGAGUGAGAUUUGGAAUGGAGAUUUUAGCUGUUAUUAACGGCGUUAGUAAAGUUUUGGAAAGGAAAGCUCAAGUGCAUAAAAUGGCAGUGGCUAAUCGUGCUAAUUUACCAAUCAAAUGGUAA